GGAGGUCGGUUCUACACUAGUUGGGAAGUUUGUUGUAGUUAAAAUGGCGGCGGAAGCGCAGGAGCAGCAGGUAGAUCAGCUCGUGUUUUGAUGGUAAACUCGUGUUUUUGGGCUGAAUUCUGCUGUUUUCGGGGUUUUAAUCCUCUCUGAACUCGUUUGUACUCUUUUGUAACAGUGUUAGCGCGCGCGUGUCGCUGCGGGGAGGGAGGAAUAUCGCUGUAUUUAGCGUUAAAGUGAGCGGAAGGCAGGUGCUGAGUUAGUAGGUAUUCGUUAGGUUAAUAUGGCUACUGCUUUAGUUAGGUUACCUCCCGCGGGUUCCUCAGGGUUCCUCGGGGGUUCCUGGGGGGUACUCCGGGUUCUUCCGGGUUGUGGUGAUGGGUGAGAAGCUGCUGAGAGCGCUAAUCUCCUGUUCUGUGUGUUUUAUAAGAGCGCUGAGGACAGAAGGUGAGGAGACACCGGGAUGAAACCCCUCAGCAGUACCUCAGCAUCCACCUGCCCCAGCAGCCCGGCCUGGAGGAGAAGAUGGCCCAGAUAACAGCAGAGACCGAGCAGAACCCAGCCAGGAGGAACCCGCAGCCCAAACCAGGUUCACAUGCUGCUGAAAAUGGCUCCUCGUUUGGACCACACACCCCGGACCACGCGAACGGCCUCCCCAGCUACAGCCCCGCCCUGCUCUCCAGCGCCCCCUGUAUGGAGGAUGACCAGCACAGCUUGGCCUCACAGGACUCAGGAAUCCCCACCCUGGAGAUCAACCCCUCCGAACAUGUCCACGUCCACGCCUUCGGCCCCAACGACGAGGGUCCGGCCACGCUGACGCUGGAGUCCUCCGACGCCCCCCUGCACAAGUCCUCCACCUUCCCCCGCAGCGGCUCAGAGUGGCGCCACUUCAGCCCCGCCGGCGGAGCUCUGAACCGCAGUGACGACAUCUCCGUCUGCAGCGUCUCCAGCCUGAGCACCGAGCUCUCCACCACGCUGUCACUUAGCAACGAUGACAUCAUCGACUUUGUGGUCACGUCGGACUCGAGCGCCGUGGUCACGUUUGAGGACUGUGGCGGAGGUGGCGGCGGCGCAGGGCGGUUCUCGGAUGCAUCGCUCACACCCUCGGCUGAACAGCAGCUGCAGCACCACCACCACCAGGGGGCGUCGACACCCGAGGAGUUCAUACCGAGGAGGAGUCCCAUCAUGAACUUCCUCAACAGGAAUCUGUUCUCUAAGAAGCUGAAGGACGGGCGGGUGGUGGAGGGUCAGAGGGAGCUGGGCUGGAAGCUGUUUGGUCGGGUUCCUAACAGAGCUCUGAAGGAAAAUGAAAGAGGUGCUGGGGCAGGUGAUUCUCCGUCUCUGAGGCAGAGUGUGAGGAAGAACCUGGACUUCGAGCCUCUUUCCACCACAGCGCUGAUACUGGAGCAACGCCCACCGAAUCUCCCGGCUAAACCAGCAGAAGAGGCUGAGAAGCACCAGCAGCAGUAUGAGGAGAUGGUGGCUCAGGCUAAGAAGAGGGAGCUGAAGGAAGCUCAGAAGAGGAAGAAGCAGUUGGAGGACAGAGUUAAACAGGAGGAGAGUAUCGGGAACGCUGCCCUCUGCUGGAGCCAGGAGAUACUUCCCAACUGGACUACAACGCGCUCCUCUAAGCGGGUGCGGGAGCUGUGGUGGCAGGGAGUGCCCCCUAGUGUAAGAGGCAGGGUGUGGAGUCUGGCUAUAGGAAAUGACCUCAACAUCACACACGAGCUGUAUAAUAUCUGUUUGUCGAGGGCGAAGGAGAGAUGGAACGCUUCUCCUGCUCCCGUCACCAGUAUGGAAAUGGACACUGGAGAUUCAGGAUCGUCUCACGCUGAUCGAGAGGCCAGUCUAGAAUUGAUUAAACUGGACAUUUCCAGAACCUUCCCCAGCCUCUGUAUAUUCCAGAAGGGAGGACCAUAUCAUGAUGUGCUGCACAGCAUUCUGGGAGCUUAUACCUGUUACCGGCCAGACGUGGGAUACGUACAGGGGAUGUCAUUCAUUGCGGCCGUGUUGAUUCUGAACAUGCACACUGCUGAUGCCUUCGUCGCUUUUGCCAACCUGCUGAAUAAACCCUGUCAGAUGGCCUUCUACAGGGUGGACCAUAGCCUUAUGCUGACAUACUUUGCUGCGUUUGAAGUGUUCUUUGAAGAAAAUCUACCAAAGCUAUUUGCACAUUUUAAGAGCAACAACUUGACGCCUGAUAUUUAUCUGAUCGACUGGAUCUUCACUCUGUACAGUAAGUCUCUGCCGCUGGACGUGGCGUGUCGGGUGUGGGACGUGUUCUGUCGGGACGGGGAGGAGUUCCUGUUCAGGACAGCGUUGGGGAUCCUGCGGCUGUACGAGGACGUCCUGACCCACAUGGACUUCAUCCAUAACGCCCAGUUCCUCACCCGCCUUCCCGAACACAUCAACACUCACACACUCUUCUCCUCCAUCUCAGCCGUCAGCAUGAGCUGCAGGAACGGGAGGUGGUCUCAGGUUCUUCAGGCUCUUCAGAAAGAUCCAGAACGGGCCAGUCCGGUUCUGAAGCGCUGAGUUCUAGAUACUGAUACUGAGGAGCUCUGGAGACCCUCAGACUCAGGACUCGUAUACCUCUGAUACCAGCUGGACUCCAGCUUCCAGAACUGGACCUGAUGAUCUGCUGCAGCUGGACUGAGGAAGAGGAGCUCGGCUCACUGUCUGAGACUGAAGGAACGCUCACACCACCCGUUCACGAUGAUGGUGACGGUUCAAACAUUGGUGAAAAGUCUUAAAAGUGAAGGUGCUGUAAAAAGUAGAUUGAUGGAAACUGAGCCUUGAGUCUUUAAAUCUGGAAGAUGCCAUAGAAAAAAAACACUAUUUCUGUUUAUUUUCUAAAUCAUGGUUCUUUAGACUCUUUAAAAAGUUGUUUAUGCUCAUACAUCUCAAUUUACAGAAGCAAAAUUGGUUCUACUAGAACAGAGCUCUUAAAACUUGGACCAUUAAUCGAGAUUCCAGUCCUGGAUUUAGUUCUUGCAGGAGAAUAAAGCCACUGUUCUGUAUUUGAUUUGGCUUUUUUGUGUUGAAUCACAAAGUCAAGGACUGGAAACUGGAUUUAAGGUCCAGAUUUGAAGACAUCUGUCUUUGAAAAAACACAUUUUGGUUCCUUAAAAUUAAGAUACAUGGGCAUAAAGCACAAUUACUUGUAAAAUAAAGGUUCUAGACACACUCAAAUCCUCUACCGAAAGAUUUUUAAUACAGUUUCCAGCCCUGCACUUUGUAAUAACUAGACAUAAACAGUGAAAAGCUGGACUGAAUCUAUACUUGAGGAUAUCUACCACAGAAGAACUAACUUUGUUUAAAAUAAGUUUGAAAGUUUGUCUUACAGUAGAACUUCGUCCAUAAAUGGAGAUGUGUGAGCCUAAAGAACCCUUUGAAGGUCUAAAGAACCACCACUUGAAAAGUAAAGGUUCUACACACUCUUGAAUCCUAUAUUGAAAGAUUUUUAUGGAACUAAAAGUGGUUCUUCUAUGGCCGAAGUCAUUAAAUCUGAAUUAAUAAUCCAGUUUCCAGUCCUGGACUUCAUAAGAACUAAACAUAUCAAACACAGGAUUGGUCCAGGACUGGAAACUGGAUUUAAGGUCCAGAUUUGAAGACAUCUGUCUUUAAAAAAACAAUUUUUGGUUCCUUAAAAUUAAGAUGCAUGAGCAUAAAGAACCCUGAAGGUCUAAAGAACAAUCACUUGAAAAAUAAAGGUUCUACACACUCUCAAAUCCUCUAUUGAAAUAUAUUUUUUUAAGGAACCAAAAGUGGUUCUGCUAUAGUCAUUAAAUGUAGACCCUAAAACUAGAUGGAGAUUUUAAGAUAUCUACCACAGAAAAACAAAUUUAUCUUAGAACAGUUUAAAAUAAGUUUUAAAGUUAGUCUUGCACUGUAAAUUCCUCCAUAAAUGAAGAUGUGUGAGCUUAAAGAACCAUCAUUUGAAAAGUAAAGGUUCUACACACUCUGAAAUCCUCUAGAAUCCUUUAGAAAUUGUUUAGGUAAAUUGGUUCACCUGGAUCAGUAAAAUGGUUGAGACUGUGUCUGUGUGUAUUGUACGAUAAAUUGGUAACGUAUUUAUCGUGACAGCCUAUACCUACCAAGGGAGCACCACUUUUGGUUCAGUAAAAUUAGACGUAUGAACAUUAAAACCCCUUUUAAAGGCUAAAGAACGAUCACUUAAUAAGGAUUUUACACAGAUUCUCUUUAAAAGAUCAGUAUGUGGUUCUUGUAUGGCAUCACUCAAAAACUCUUUGCAGCACCUUUGUUUUAAGAGUAUACUAUCAGAUAUACUCAGGUUCUCCAGUUUAACUCAACUGUGGUCAAUAAGUGAAGGCUGGUCUGCUUCUUGCGUAGCUAUUAGGCUAAUGUAGCUAACAGAUAACAGUAGCAGCACCAUGUAGAGCCUUAAUAUCUGUGUUUUUUUUAGUGCAUCUAUGUUAACGUCUAGAUAACGUUGAGUCGUACACUGUCAGAAACCACAUAACUGCAUAAAUAAAUAAAUGUAGCACAAUGUAGCUAGCAGGUAGCAGAAGCUUAUAAUAUAUAUACACUGCCGGUUAGCAUUAUGCUAACUGCAUGCCUUUAUUAAUCAAGCAUCACCAGAGCAAACCUGUCUUUACCUGUCUGAUUGAUUACAGUUGAGUUAAAGGGCCAAUAUCAGUAAUUUUCUAUUAAAAUAAAAUGAAUGCAUAAAUAAAAUUAGGAUUUUAAAUUUAACAUUUAGUGGAGGACGUUUUGGGUCUUUUUAAAGCUGGACGAAAUGAGUACACUGGAUUUUUAGGAUCGAACCAUCACUCUAAGCCCUGGAAAGGAUUUAGCUCUCAUUCCUCCAUUUCUAUCCUCGACUUCACACUGGUUCUGAUCCAGUUUGAGCUGAGUUGUGUUCACACCAGGGUUAUCUAUCGUUCUUCAUUCCAGCCUUGGUGUAACUGUGGGAUCAUCGUAUAGUGCGUGUAAAUCGUGCACAAGGUUCAUAUCUGUGUUACACAGUCAGGAUUGGGUUAUUAAAGCUGGACCCCAUUCAGAAAACCAAAAGCAAUGUAUUUAAUAUGUAAUAUAUUCUAAUAUAUUUCUAUUUCGGCACUUACUGUCGAUUAUAAUAAAUUUUAAAAAAUCAUUUAGGUACCUAUAUUUCAUUUAGGCUGGAUUCACACAGCAGGGAGGUGGAGGUCAUAAAAAGGGUCCAAAAUCCGAUGAUGAUGAUGAUCUGGCAACUUUACUUAUGUUAACUUGUGUCCUGGGUGAUCUUUAUUAAUCGUAAUCCAAAUCACUAAAAACACACCAAAAUUAUUGUAGUGUGAAUGACAAAGUGUCUUAAUACACAUCCUGACAGCAAAGCCCCGCCCAUAUUAACCAAAGUCACCAACUUCCCCUGCUGAAAAACACAUCAUCACCGCGAUACCACACCGUCCACCGUCUGAACGGGUUAGCUAAUCCCUUAUUAACCAGUCACCGCCCCUUCCAAAACAUGCAUAAUAAAUGCCAUACUACAUAGUCCACCAUCAUUAUGGGUUAGUUAAGUCCACAUUAACCACAUCUCCGCCCCCUGACGAAACAUAUAUAAUAAAUGUGAUACCACAUCAUCCGCAUGGGUUAAUUAAGGACAUAUUAACCACUUCUCCGCGCCCUGAAGAAACGAAUAUAAUAAACGCUAUACCACACUGUCCACGCGGCUUAGUUAAACACGUAUUAACUGCAUGGAAGCUCCUGCUGGAAAAUCUGCAAUAACCGCGAUACCACACCAUCCACCCUCUGAACGGGUUAGCUAAGCACAUAACUACCACAUCAUGGCCCCCUGCCAAAACACUUAUAAUAAACGUGAUACCACACCGUCCACCAUUAACCACAUCAUUGCCCCCUGAUAAAACAUGCAUACAUACAUAAACGAGAUACCACACCGUCCACUGUCUGAACGGGUUAGCUAAGCCCAUAUUAACCGUGUCACCACCCCUUGCUGGAACAUACAUAAUAAAUGCAAAACCACAUCAUCCGCAUGGGUUAGUUAAGCCCAUAUUAACGGCAUCACUGCCCCCUGCCGAAACAUAGAAAAUAACCACGCUACCACUCCGUCCACCGUCUGAACAGGUUAGUUAAGCCCACAUUAACCACAUUAGUGCACCCUGUUGAAACAUGAUACGUGAUACCACACCGUCCACUGAUCGAACGGGUUAGUUAAAUCCCAUAUUAACUGCAUUACAGCCCCUGCUGGAACAUAUGCAAUAACCAAGAUACCACACCGUCCACGUCCGAACGGGUUAGCUAAGCACGCUACAAAAAAAAGCUAAUGCAUAAUGGUGAUAGUCGUGUCUGGAGCACAAGCCAAACUAGUUGCAUCAUCUGGAUUUGAAUCAAGGACUCCGUACAUAAGAGAUAUUUAGGAGAUUUUUAUGAAUUAUUACUGAACUAAAAGGCACAUAUUAGAACUGCUACUUUAUUUUGUCAUUUUUAAAGGAAUGGCUUAACAUGGCCACAGGAGGACGCUGUUGAAUUGUCAAAAAAAAAAAAGCUUAAUAAACACGAAGUUUAAAGAAACUAAAGAAAAAAGAGGCCACAAACUAAAAAAAAAAAUAUAUAUAUUUAUUUACAGUGAGCUGGAACACAUUAUUGGUAAAAAUCGCAGCUUCAGACACUGGAACUGCUUGAUAGCUCUGUUAUGGUGGAGAAGAUGAAACUGAAACUUCACGUGAAGCGCUGCUGCUCUUUAUCAUAUGAUCUGUUCAGACCAAAGCCAGCUAUAGAUCACAUUAAGAAGUUAAAAUAAUCAGAUUUGGGCCACUUUUACCUGUUGUGUGAACGAAGCCUUAGUCACACCAUUGUACCAAAACCUCAUAGACAUAUCUAUAUAUAAUCUCUGAACUGGUCACUUUACAGGCGAGGCGAGGAAAAGUCUUAACUUUAGUGCACAUUAAAUAAAUUCAAUUUGAAUGAAAAAGUUAUUUGAGGUCAUUUUGGGUCAGAUCGUUUUUUUGUCCCUUCCUUAUUAAAGCUGUACAAUGUUAUAAAAAUAAAAUGUCAAAAAUAUGUUUUUCGGUAAGACCCUGAUUGUUACAUUCACUGUAAAAGUGAAAAAGGAAAUUUAAAAAGGAGUUACGAAGGUUCCACUCUGUUAUUAUGUUUUUUUUAUAUAUAUUUAAAGUGUGUUCAGUCCGAGUUUGUCUGAUCUGAUCUUGGAAUUUGACUACUGUGUUUUUUUUCUCUUUUUAUGGCACUUUUAUGUGUUUUUGGUUUGAUGUUGUUUGUUUGUUUGUUUGUUGUUUUGCAUAUUUGUGUGGUUUGUUGGUUACUGGGCCAGUCGUUGGUCUGAUAAUCUGAUUAAGGUGUUGCUGGACUCUGGUGUGUGUGUGUUGGAUUGUUGUUCGUCUGGUUUAAGAAAGCUGCACUUUGUCUCGGAGGGACUGAAGUGUCCUCUGAAGCUCUGGGACUGAAUUAAACCCAGUUAAACUGGUUCUGCUGUGGGUUUGGAGGAUCAAAUUAUUCAAAAAUUAAACAAUUAAAACAAUAAACAAAA